AUGGCCGGAAAUGAUAACACUAUUACCGAUGCGGAGUUGGGUGCAAAGGUCGACUUGAGCCAUGAGGAGGUUGUCCAUAUGGCUGAGCUGACUGAGGAGGAGAAGGUCGUGGAGAAGAAAUUGCGCCGGCGCAUCGAUACUUUGAUCAUGCCUUUGGUUAUUUUGGUUUACCUGAUGAACUAUAUCGAUCGUAACAACUAUGCUGCAGCAAAGCUCCAAGGUCUCGAGGAGGAUCUCGGACUCGAUGACACUAAAUACCAAACCGGCCUGUCUAUUCUAUUUGUCGGAUACAUUUUGAUGCAGGUGCCCUCGAACUUGCUCCUCAACUACAUGGGUCGCCCUUCACUAUACAUUGGAUUUUUCGUCUGCGCUUGGGGCCUGGUGUCUGCGUUGACGAGUCAAGUGUCUAGCUAUGGAGGCAUUGUUGCAUGCCGCUUUAUUCUGGGAUUCGUCGAGGCUCCUUUCUUCAGUGGAGUCCUUUUCUACCUUUCAAAAUGGUAUACCAAGAAAGAAUUGGCAUUCCGUAUGAGUAUCUUCUACUCCGGUUCAUUGCUCAGUGGCGCCUUCGGUAACCUCAUCGCCGCCGGUAUUCUCAACGGUCUCAAAGGAAAGCGAGGUCUGUCAGCGUGGCAAUGGCUCUAUGUUAUCGAAGGCUCCAUUACCUGUGCCAUCGGACUAGCCAUUUGCUUCAUCCUGCCCGAUUUUCCAGAAACAUGGAAACUCCUUUCUCCAGAGAUGCGCAAGGUUGCCCAACGCCGUCUUGCCAUUGAGGCCGGCGAGGCUGACGUGGAUGAGAAGGGUGGUGCGAAUCAAAUGAAGGGCUUGAAGUUGGCUAUGACCGAUAUCAAGACCUACGCCUUUUCUAUUGCCUAUAUGUGUAUCACUGGAGCAGCUGGUUUCCAGAACUUCUUCCCAACUCUGAUCAAGGAAUCUGUCGACUACAAUGAUACCAUCUCCCUCGUUCUCGUGGCGCCUCCUUACCUUUUCAUGGUCGCGUAUUCUCUCGGUCACUCUUGGGCGUCUGAUAAACUGGAGAAGAGAUUCUGGUUUUUUGUAUACCCAAUCCCGAUCACGAUUAUUGGCUUUGUGGUUUAUAUGAAGACCAACACCUUCGGACCUCGAUACUUCUCCUUCUUCCUCAUGGUCUUCGUCUUCGCCCAAAAUGGUACUCUAUAUUCCUGGCUCGCCAGUUCUAUCCCUCGCCCACCUGCCAAGCGUGCUGCUGCCUUUGCAUUCUUCAAUUCCCUCGGAAACAGCGCUUCGAUCUGGACGCCGUAUACAUACAUGGCCAAAGAGAAACCUCACUAUGAAACUGCUAUGGGUGUCUGCAUCGCUCUACAAGCUAUCGGUGGACUGUGUGCUCUCUUCCUAUACUUUAACCUGAACAUGCUCAACAAGCGCCAGCUGAGACUUGAGAAUGAGGAGGUAGAGCUUGGUCCCAAGGAUCUUCGUCGGUUGCAGGUUACUGCUGAUGUUGAGGGGAUUGAUAUUGCUGCUGCGAGACGUUUGCAGAAGGGAUUCCGUUAUGUAUUGUAG